AUAAAAAAAAUAAAAAUAAACUAAACCUUUAAUUGAUUAAUUAAUUAAGUGAAUUACGUAAAUUGAGUGAAUCUGCUUCUGCCAGCAGCUACCGCUAAAAGUAGCAUCACCAUCUCUGAAGGGUUCACCAUUGCUGCGGAAGAGAAUGGGAACAAGACAGGUAUACGAAGAGAAACUAAGAAAUGGAAAUCUCCACCAUGAUCCAACCAUAAACCCUGGCCUUGGUUCCGCUCGUUGCCCACGUUGCCUCUCUCUUCUCAACCCUAAUUCCGAAAGAGGUGAAUGGACUAUUACUCCCGUUUUGCAUGAUGCCACUGCCGUCAUUGGCUCAGGGGUUGGUGGAAUGAUCAGUGCAGUUCAUGGUUUGAAUAGAGGCUUACCAUAUCUUCAGAAUCGUCUGAAAGGACCGAAGUGGCUUCCUUUUGUGGUCGGGAUCCCUCCAUUGUUGAUAUUUUCAGGAGCGAGUGCUGCAUUUGGAGGUUAUGUGCUUCCAAAGUUUGCUCAACUCACCGUGACAUCUUAUUAUGCCAGCUCGAGUGCAUCACAUUAUGGAAUCUCACUUCUCACCCGGUAUAUUGAAGAGAACAAUUCCAAUACUCAGCAUCUCAAUCUCAAGAGGAUCCAAUGAUUCCUUUCAGGUGUAAUUACAAGCAUGACGCAUUACUGUUGGCAAUUUUGUUUACAUUAUUAUUUGAUCUACAUGCCUUAGUUGUACCAUCUUGUGGAUGGGUAGGAUUUCUGAGGUUUAAAGUAUGUUUUUGAGUUACUCUAUCUGGAAAUGAUUAUAUUGUAUAUAAUAUAAUGAUUUAUAAUUUGCUUUGAAGCAGCAAACCUUAA